AUCAAAAAGGGAAAAACAAAAAUAGGUGCGUGUGUCUCCAAGAUCGGUGGUGCUGGACGGCACGGAGGCUCCGAUACAGCUCCGUCGUCAAAGCACCACCGUACACGGAGCCAUCUACGCGUCGGAUCAACCGACGAAGAAGUCAACAUUACAUUCAGCGGAAAGCUCAGCACUUUCAGCGGAAACCUCGGAAACCAUGGGAGCACGAGGAUCAAAGGUCUCUUCAAGAACAAGCCUCGUCCUCCUGGCGAAAUCGUUCGUCAGACUCGAGAUCUCAUCGCUUUAGCCGAGAACGAUGAAGAAAUCGACAACAGAAACUCGAAGAGGUUAGGGAUUUGUGCUGAAUUGUGCAGGAACAUCAGAGAUCUCAAAUCGAUCCUGUAUGGAAACAGCGAGGCAGAGCCUGUUCCCGAAGCUUGUCUCUCGUUGACGCAAGAGUUUUUCAGAGAAGACACUCUUCGUCCGUUGAUCAAAUCUCUUCCAAAACUCGAUCUCGAAGCGAGAAAAGACGCGACACAGAUCGUAGCGAAUUUGCAGAAACAGCAAGUCGGUUCUCGUCUCGUCGCUUCUGAGUAUCUCGAAUCGAAUCUUGAUGUGAUCGAUUCGUUAGUCGAAGGAAUCGAUCAAGAUCACGAAUUGGCUUUGCAUUACACAGGGAUGCUUAAAGAAUGUGUUCGUCAUCAGGUUGUUGCGAGGUACAUUCUUGAAUCGAAGAAUUUGGAGAAGUUCUUCGAUUAUGUUCAGCUUCCUUACUUCGAUGUAGCUACAGACGCGAGCAAGAUCUUCAGGGAGCUUAUGACGAGGCAUAAAUCGACUGUAGCUGAGUAUCUUGCCAAGAACCACGAAUGGUUUUUCGCAAAGUAUAAUACGAGGUUGUUGGAGAAAGGAAGCUACUUUACCAAGAGACAGGCUUCGAAACUGUUGGGAGAUGUGUUGAUGGAUCGUUCUAACUCAGGUGUGAUGGUGAAGUAUGUGAGCAGUUUGGAUAAUCUGAGGAUCAUGAUGAAUCUACUCAGAGAACCAACCAAGAACAUUCAGCUUGAAGCUUUUCAUGUCUUCAAGCUGUUUGUGGCGAACGAGAACAAACCAGAGGACAUUGUGGCGAUUCUUGUCGCGAAUCGGAACAAGAUUCUUCGUUUGUUUGCUGAUUUGAAACCUGAGAAAGAAGAUGAAGGGUUUGAAGCUGACAAGUCACUGGUUGUGAAUGAGAUUGCUUCACUUUCUCUUCUGGAUCUCAAAAUCGCUGAUCCGUAAAAUAAUGAAUGAUUGUUUUCACGUUGUGUGUUUUUUGGUGUCUUGUUUUUGCCUGU